AUGUCCCGGUGGCAUGGGGAAGACGGGGAGCUGCCUAGAAAACGACAGCGCGCGGCGCCGGAAGCCGCGGCGGGGGCUCCCUCCGCCCUGCAGGCAUUCAAGAACGAACCCAGCGACAGUCACACCGCGGAUCUCCGCCAUCCCGCGCAGAUGCCGUCGCCACAGCAGCUCUCGUUAACCGCGUCGACUCCUCUAGGGGACCCUCUGGGGCUUUCCCCGUACCCUUACGGGCCUGGCGCUGGUGUUGGCUCCGCGGGGGACACGAACCCGCUGAAUUUGGGGACGCCCACGCGCGGAACCCGCGGCCUGUCCCCCCCGGCCGGUCUAGACGCCCGUCGCCGGUUCCAUGGCUCCUCCUCGCUGUGGGCCUCCGCCGGCGGGGAUAGCGUCGAAGGCGCCCUCGCCCCCGUCGGCGGGGCCGGCGCUGUCGGCGGAGCCGCGGGCACCGCGGAUCGCCCAGAGUCAGCGAACGCGCGCGCGUUCUCCUUCCUGAUGCCCGCGGGGAGGGGUGCGUCCGCCCUGCCUUCUCCGCCGCAGGUUCCGUGGACGGGCGGCGGGGGGAAAGGGAGGGAGGAGGAGGUGCAAGGGCGAGAGAUGCAGCUGCUGCCGUUCGCGCCGCUCGAUCGCGCGUUCCGCGGCCGCGGGGAAGGGGAAGCGAGGAAGGCGGAGGAAGGGGGCGACGACAACGGUGCGGUUGAUCCGCGCAGCGCCGCCGACGGCCCGGGGUCGCUGACCCGCGGCGGCCAUGGGAGGUCGGCGGCGAGCAUCGGGGAGGCCGCCGCGUUCCGCCGCGCGGACACAAUCAGCAGCAAGCCGCGCCGAAGCCACGGCGUGACGGCGUCCGCGCGAGACCAGCAGAGCGCCGCUGACGCGGCAGCGGCGCAGCACGCGCUGCGUCUACAGAUGAUGACUCAUCAGAUGCCGCUGUCCUUAUCGUCUCAGCUACAGCCGGAGCGUGGUUCGAUCGCUGUAUCUGCCGCAACCCCUGCUGCCUCCGCUUCUGCCUCUGCUACAGUCGCCGGUGCCGCCACGCCUGGAGCAACCGCCGCCUCUGCCGCCGUAAGUGCCGCCGCCCACACCGCUGGUGCGGCCGCCACGUCAGCAGCUGCAGGUGGCCGGACCUCGCCCACGUCGCUGAUGCUCGUUCCGCGCGCUCCGGCGGGGCAUCUAACGCAGCGGGACCGCGUGCACAUGAGUUUCAGCAAUGCAAGCCCUCUUCACGCGGCUAAUGCGGCGGCUACCGCGGCGGCAGCGGCGCAAAUUGCUGGGGCGAUAGGAUCUGCGGCGACCCGUCCCUUCCUGGUUCCGGGGUCUGGAUGGACCGCUGCGGCUUCCGCCACAGCCGCCACUGCCUCGAGCGCCGCCCCCGCCAGCGUCGCGCCAGCCGCCGCUACCGCGUCCUCUGUCGCGCACUCGGCGGCGCAAAGCCUGGCGCGCGCGCUCGGCGCGGGCGCGAGCUGGACGGGCCCGCGCAGGUUCCCCACGGGGCCGAGUGAGGGGGCGAUUGCGUCCGUGGCGGACAACGGGGGCGCGCCCGCGGGCGCGGAGAGAGAUACGGGGAAUCGGGAAGCGCUCGCGGCUACUCUCGCUGCCGCUGCAGCCAUGGCCGCUGCGGCGGUUGCUGCAGCAGGGGGGGAGGGCGGAAAGUGGCAGCAGGUGUGGCAGGAGAUGCAACAGUGGGCGGCGCAAGGGGUGGCGGAGCGGGAUGUGCGGGCGAGAGGGAGGGAGGUGUCAUCGCAUAAUAGCAACUCAGGGCUGCAGCUGCAAUCCCUGCAGCAGCAACAGUAUCUGCAGCAGCAGCUCCAGCAGCAGCAGCAGCAGCAGCAGUUUACCAGGGAGCAGCAUGCAACGUUCCCUGGAGGCGGUGUGGGGGGAGGAGCUAUCUUACCUGUAUGGUGGAACGACCACAUGGCUUCCCUCAUUGCGGCAUCGCAUGCUGCUGCCAUCGCUGCCGCCCCUGCCGCCCCUGCUGCCCCCGCUGCUCCUGCCCCUGCUAAUUUCCUCCCUGCAAUGGUCCCCCCAGGGGCUCCAACCCCUCCUCUUCCCCCAGCCGCAGCAGCGGCAGCGGCAGCGGCGGCAGCAGCCGCAGCAGCAGCAGCAGCAGCAGCAGUGGCGUCGGGGGGCAUGCACGCGCAAGGUGGUGUGGGCGUAUCUGGAACACCUACCCUUUCCGCUCUUCAACAGCAGCAGCAGCCGAGGAGACAGCCCGUUACAGCUCCUCCCCCUGCAGCAACAGCAGCCGCCGUUGCCAGGACUCGAACUCCCCCUGUUCCCGGCUCCGCUUCAGCUGCAGUGGCCGACGCAGCAGCAGGUGCGGUGUUCAGGAGGAGCCUCUCUUUCUCUGCUGCUGGGGCUGCUGCAGCUGCAGCAGCCACGCCUGCUGGGACAGCAGGGGGGAGUGGUGGCAGUGGCAGUGGGGGUGCUGGGCGGCCAGGGGGGAGCGCAGGAGGAGCAGCGGCAGGGGGGAGUGUGGGGAGCCGGCAUAAGCUGUGGUGCAGUG